UGCAUUACCGACAGGGCGAUUACACUAACACUAAACUAGUGAAAUGUGUGAUGCGUUGAUUGUAGAUUAUCCUAUCUUUAAAAUGUAAAUAAUAAAUAAAAAAACAAAAUGGGCCGUUCAAAAUUUCCCGGAAAACCAUCGAAACAUGUUAAUAGGAAAAGAAUUAAUGUUCUUCCACCCACCUCGGAGGGAAUUAUUGAAUCUAGCAGGUCUAUGACAGUUGAAACUGUUGCAGAAAACAAACAGGCCGAAAAUGAUGUAGAAGAAAGCAGUGAAAGUGUAAAUUUAAACAAUACUAUAAAUACAAAAGUGUCAUUGAGAAGAAGACUGAACCGAAAAAUGCAAAGUUCGAAAGCAUUGAUGAGCAAUAAUUCGUCUAAACGUGGUCUAAUAUCAAAACUCUGUAAUAAAAAUAGUGUUUCCUGCAAACUCUCGGUUAAAAGCAAAUUAAAUUGCAAAGCAUCAAGGAAUCGCAAAUCAGUGCAUGCAUACUCUCCAAUAAAAAAUUUCCGCCAGUGUCGAAGUGGAAUAACAAAAGAAAGUAAUAAUCUCGUUGGAAAAUUCGUAUUACCCACAAGAAGUGUCCAUUCAUCGCGUGUGAUAAAACCAAACAAAAGAUUCAUAAACGUGGAUUUGAGUGACACAUUAACCCUAAAAAAGCGCGUCAUAAACAAAAGACAUUGUAUAAAACAAAGCGAAAAUCCGUCGAAAACCAACAAAAGUGACAGUGCAUCAGAAUCGCCAACAAAAACAUUCUCAAACGGGCGCGUCGUUCUCCGUCAAGCCCGCUUGAAGCUCCACAAUCAAACCCCCAAAGGCUCUGAAGGUCCGUUUUCCAGCAAUGCAACAAACGGCUCCCCGCCAGGGACAGUGACUUGUGGUGUCUGUGGUGCCGUCCGUUUCUACCGAUUCGUGAAGCAAGCGCGUAAAUUUAACAUCUACAGCUGCGAAUCAUGCCGCAAAUUUAUCUCAAAAAUGAUAAAACGGCAGUCUUGCGGCAAGAACCUAAGUAGUGCCACUCUGGUCUGCCACAAGGGACAAGGAAUGUGUCACGUACCCCCCAUAGUGCGCAGUCAACAAAUGAAACUUAUACGGUGCGCCUACAAGUCCCGAUGCCCUGCCUGUUGGCUGAAAAUGUGCCUUCGCUCCUUCCAAAUGCCCCAAUCUUUGAAAAACAGUCUAAUCCAACUACUUCCAAUGAACAUGCAAGGCUCUGACGUUAUGUUCAACAACUCGCUGCCCUUGUUAUGGCAGGUCAGCGUUCAGAAUAUUAACAAACCUGAACAGAACAAAACGGUAAAUCAGCGACCUGUCAGGUUUAAAAACACUAAGCCUGUCACACAACCUACUCUCGCACCUCCAACGUCUGAUAUUAAGAGGCAAAAAAUUGAUUUGAAAGGCCCGCGAGUGAAACACGUUUGUCGCAGUGCUUCUAUAGUCUUGGGCCAGCCCCUGGCCAUGUUUCCGAGUGAAACCGAGAAAAAGAGAACUGAGGAAUGCCCGAAAAAAGCACAAAAGACGAGUUCAACGCAUGCUGAAAACGUUGAAACGCCGCCACAAGUCAAGUCUUUAAAAGAUGUAGAAUGCAGCGAAAAUGAAUCCGAUAAUGAUAAAUCAAUAAAGGUGCCAUUAGUACUAAAUGAAAAUUUAAUUUCUCAAAUUAAGAGGGACAGGAGCCAUAGAGUGCCUUUUUCAUCCGUAUCUUCGUCUUCGUCACUUCCGUCUUUCCCUUCACUUUCAUCGUCAUCGUUUACGUCUUUGAGUGAAAGCAAAUCCGACUUUGAGAAGAAACCCAAUCUACAAGAAGUCCAAAAUAUGAUCUCAAUUAAUUAUUGGGAUCAUUACGACUUGGAUGACGUCAAGCAAAAUGGAUUUUGUCUCAUUGCCUCUCAACAAUUUCCAAUGCCUGCUAUUUGUUUUCUUUGUGGCAGUGCGGGACGCGAAGCACUUUUACAUUGUUCUCUCUGUUGUGAGCCAUAUCACCCCUUUUGUCUUGAAAGAAGUCCUCCAUUUAGUAGCACCAGCAAUAAUAACAGACAAAAUGUGUGGCUCUGUCCGAGAUGUACCACUUGCAACGCUUGUAAUCGAGCAGACAGGCAAAAAAUCCAUUGUCAGAAGUGUUCCAAAGCUUAUCAUUCGGAAUGUCUAAAGACAGACUGGACCGGCAAAGGUAAACCCACGAUUUGUUCGAAAUGUCUAAGUUGUAAAGACUGCGGAGAUUUAAACACUACAAUUUUUUUUGGGAAUUCACCAUUAUGUGUAACCUGCUUUAAACUUCGGAGGAAAGGGUCAUGUCCUGUUUGUUUGAUACCAUUUAGAGAAAUCGAUACAAACGAAAAGAUGAUGGAAUGCACAAAAUGUAAAAAGUGGAUUCACGCGGAUUGUGAGGAUUUAUCAGAAGAGUAUUAUCACAUCUUAAGUUAUCUCCCCGAGUCUGUUAAAUACUUGUGUUGUGCGUGUUCAAAACAAUCGCCGCCUUUUUGGCGUAAAUCAAUAGAGUCCGAACUAAAAUAUAAUUUCAAUCGAGUGUUACGGUUACUAAGUAAAAACAAAACAGCUAAAAAUAUGUUAAAGUUAAGUCUUUUAAAUAAUUACGUUACGUUGACAAGAACUACCGGUAAGAAAAGUGAUUGUGAGAAUGACGGCGAUGACAAUCAGGAGAAUUUAGCUACAUAUUUUAAUAGUUUUAAUAAGAAUAGUGACAAUGAGGCACCCUUGAAGAGUUUCAGUGAUUUUAAAAUCGCCCAAACAAGGACAUUAACUGUGUUAGAUAUUAAACGUAAAGCGAACUCGAAUGAAUAUAGUUCAGUGAAAGACUUUCAUAAAGAAAUGGAAGAAGGGUUAGCUCAGACACAAUCGGAUGAGUUGCUAAAUAUCUAUCGAAUAAUUCUUAAAUCAGUAUUCCCUUGGUUUGAUAUUUCUCAGGAAGACUCGAAAUGGAAUAAUACGAAACAACGAUUUUUAUGUAAUAAUAACAUUGAUGAAGACAUUUGUGGUCAAAUCGAAUGCGUGUCAAUAGACUCGAGAUAUUGUUCGUUCUGUAAAAGUAUAGGUGAUGGUCUAAGCCAUCUUGAAUCUCGAUUACUUUACUGCGGGCAAAAUGAAUGGGUACACAUAAACUGUGCUUUAUGGUCUUCUGAAGUCUACGAAGAAAUCGAUGGUUCCCUCCAAAACGUCCACAGUGCACUUUCAAGAGGUCGUCUAAUGCGUUGCUCCUACUGUAAACAAAAAGGAGCAACGGUUGGUUGUUGUUUCAAGAACUGUUGCGAGAUUUAUCACUUCAUUUGCGCGAGAACUGCGAAAUGUCAUUUUAUGCACGACAAGACUGUAUUUUGUUGUAGUCACGAAGUACCGAAGACUAGUAGUGUUAUAGUCACACCUCAUGAGUUUAAUAUUCGUAGAUCUGUUUUUGUGGAAUUGGCUGAUUACAAAAAGGAGCAAUAUUCACAAAUUGAAAAAGUUAACGUAGUGGUUGGGUCACUCUGUGUUACAAAUCUUGGAAAAAUAAAUCCAGUUAUGUCUGACACUGUUGAGGCUAUCAUUCCGGUCGGUUAUAAUUGUUCUAGGCUCUUUUGGUCAACUGUAGAGCCUUGGAAAUUAGUUUCGUAUAAAAUAUCAACUUCGAUUUUAAACGCUCAUGUUAAUAAUCUCCACGUUGAUAAGAGUUUCACCGUUGAUCAUUCCCUUCCAAAGUCAGUGGUUGAACGUAAAUUGAAGGAAAUCCUCCUUUGGCAUAAGGAUAUAGAUAAGAAAAAGCUGGAUGUUAUUGAGUUUGACGAUGAGGAGGAACCUCAAAACGGGGCAGAUCUUUUGUCACCCGAAAUCACAGAUGCAAUUUUUGAGGAACUCCCCCACGAGCUGCUUGAUGGUAUUUCGGUGCAAGACAUUUUUCCGAAACUCAUGUCUUACGAGGAUUUUAUUAGUAUGGAUUCAAAAUCGGAAACGACCAACUCCGACAAUAACGGUAAUACUGAAUUGAAGAAAUCAGACCAGGAAGUUGAAAAUGUGGAAGAGUUUGACGACAAGGAGUUUAAAUCGAACAAGAACCCACAAAAAACGUGUAGUCUGACUCUCAGUUGCAAACUGGAUAACAGCUUUUCUCCAGUCAUUAAGAAACGGAAAAUAACUCCGCGUGAAAAUAACUUAUUUUUUCAAUUGCUGCAAGUCGAUGGUAACUUUGAUGACAGCUCGAGUGAUUGUGGGUCACCAGUAGGGGUUAAUAGUGUAAACAUAUGGGACUCGGAUGUGUCUGAAGAACCGGUCACGUGUGAACGUUGCCAAUGUACUUACCGGACACAGGCGAGCUACAAACGACACUUGGACGCAUGCGAAGUUAUUUGUACAAGCGAAAGCGAUUCGGAAUUGAAUCAAGAUCAAGAUGCGAAUCUUGAAACAACUCAAAUUCACAUCAACGAAACAGCAGUCAACACCGAAAUUCCACAGCCUGUUCUCAUCACGUCAUACGAAUCUUAUCAAAACGAAAUUCAUACCUCUGUUUUAAAUACUCAAACUUUCGUAGCGUCGAAAUCAAAUGCAGAAGUGAUUACUGUUCCUCAAAAUCCGGAGAUAAUUAUUCCUCAGACCGAACAACCAAUAACCGAACCGAUAGUUAGUAGUGAAGUGUUCACAGUAUCGCAAUCGACUGUCUCAGUAAAUGAACAAACCUCGCAACCGUUCUGUCUAAACCCGACUGUCUCUCUUUGUGUUAAUCCACCUCUAACGUUACAACCAAACGCAACUAUUUCGGUUAAUCCGACACAGUCGGUUAAUCCGAUUAUAAACCAAACUAUCGCUAUUAACCAAGUGACUCAACCAGCGACUGUACAACCUCAUCAGUUGGAGUUUCAACAGCCAGGAGUUACAAUCCAAUCCAUGCCGUACUCCACUAAUGUAGCUCCUCUCAUUAAUGUAACACCCCAGAAUCAGAUUACCCUCACCGAUAAGUUAUUGAAUAAUUCAAGUAUUAUAAAUUCGAUGAUUAAUGUACCUGGAAAUCGAUGUGUUAUGCCGUCGAAAAGCCCAACAAAGGUUUUUAAAGGAAGACGAUCGAUUGCUGCCAAAAGAGGCCACGAGGAGGAAACAAUUGUGAUACCAGCAAGUUCGACUCCUGUGAUUGUUCAACACUUGCCAUCUAGUAAUUUUAUUCCGACUUUUGUUGACACCUUCCAGCAACAAUCAGGACAAAAUGUACAAUACGUUACAACGAUUGCACCUCAAAUCAACUCAACGAUCAACCCACAACCGCUGAUGCAGUUACAGGCUGACAGUAAUUUGAUAAGUUUGUUGCCUGGCAUUCAACCGACGAUGAUCAUUCAACAGCCACGAGUUUUGGAAAAUCAAUUGAUUGUGGACGGGAAUGGCUCAUUGAGUUGGACACCACCACAAGUACAACCGGUCUAUUACGGUUUUGAGACGAUAGUACAGAACACUGUAAUGCAGUCUCAACAGUUUUUACCAACAACAGUACCAGGAGUCUUAACUGCUAACAGCAGUUAUUCUACAACGACACAAGUAUUCCAAACUAGUAAAUUAGAACCAGUAUUAGAUAUGGGGACGAAUAGCUUUGUCCUUCUAAAUACAGGACAAUUGGUCAAUUCGCAGUCACUCGAAGUACCUCAGAAUUCACUAACGAAUGUUUUACAACAAACAGAAAUCAAUCAGUGUAAAUACUCAACACCUUCAUUUCAAAAACCGAAUAGUCAACCAAUUAGUGUCACUAAUACAAACAGUAUAACACUACCUACGGCACCCUUUGUCCCAGAACAAGGGAUACCAACUAAUAUUGUUACGCCAACACCUAAACCGGUACCAACCACUCAGAGUCGGCCAAUGAGUCGCGUCCUACCUAUGCAGACGAAAGAACCAAACAAAGUUAAAACACCAACAGAAAAAGUUGAAGCAAUUAGAAAAGAAAUUAAAAUCCUGGAGAAGGCCGUAGAACCAGUAGUCGAUUUUGAUAAAAAGAACCCUAUUGAGAGUACCGACAAAAAACUCAUCGAAACUCAAUUAGAAAAUGAUAUAAAUGAAGCCAAGAAAGACUCUCCUUUGAAACUCGUAUUCCAAAAACAGACCCAAGACGGUUCGUACAAAGUCAGUAACAACGUCGAGGAACCUCUUAUACCUGCAAUGACUAACCAAAUCAGCCCCAAAGUAGCCAGCAACUUCAAAUCCACUGAACCCUCGUAUAAACUAAACAAUUUCAACAAUCGCAACUCUCCAGUACAAAUAGCACCUUUAAAACCGAUUAAGUCGAACUUCAACCCCCCAAAACCACUCCACAUUCUGUCACUGAGUGACAAACAAAACCGGCCUGAAAAAAUCGAGAAGAGGCUUGCCAUCGAACCUCCAAAGCACUUCCCGCUCGAGAAAAAGGAGAAUGAGAACGUCCCGUCCAUACUUUACACAAUUGAGACACAGGAUGGCUUCCGGUACUCAUCAACGUCCAUUGCGGACUUGUGGACCAAAGUUUUCGAAGCUGUGCAAAACGCACGGGCGGCUCACAACAUGCCGCUUUUGCCCUCAGACUCGACAAAUAUUGUAAACAGUUUGCAAAUUCUCGGCUUGAAGACUUCCGGACUUAAGUAUCUCAUUGAGCAAUUGCCAGGUGCCACCAAGUGCUCGAAGUAUAGGCCAAUGUUCAAUUUCCCAUCAAAGUGUAUAGAAAUCGAGGACGAGCUUGUCGGGCAUACAAACGGAAGUGCGAGGUGUGCGCCACACAUCAAAAGAAAUGAACCCUACGAUAUGUUCGGGUGGUUAGCGUCGAAACACCGGAAACCUGAACAUAGUCUAUUCUGUUCAGAUUUAGUGCCAAGAAGGGGCUCUGUAAAUAAUUUACCAAUGGCCAUGCGAUUCCGACAAUUGAAACUUACUAGUAAAUAUUCAGUAGGAGUAUACCGUUCAAAAAUCCACCGACGAGGCUUAUUCUGUUUGAGAGAUUUUGAAGCAGGAGAAAUGGUUAUAGAAUAUUCAGGAGAAGUUAUUAGAUCAGUUUUGACUGAUAAAAGAGAAAAGUAUUAUAAUUCGAAAGGAAUUGGUUGUUACAUGUUUCGAAUUGACGAUAACUUGGUUGUUGAUGCAACCAUGACCGGAAAUGCGGCCAGGUUUAUAAAUCAUUCUUGUGAUCCGAAUUGUUAUUCGAAAGUCGUUGAAAUUUUGGGUCACAAGCACAUCAUCAUUUUUGCUUUAAGAAGAAUCAUUUGUGGAGAAGAAUUAACAUACGAUUACAAAUUUCCCAUCGAGGAAGAUAAAAUUCCAUGCACUUGUGGAACACGACGUUGUAGGAAAUUUCUCAACUGAUAUUUAAUUUGAAUUUCUGUUUGUCAGUAUUUAAACCUUACUUUAUUCGAGUGAGCUCAAACAAAUUGAACAAAGGAAAUGAUUUUUUAUACUUUUAAUUUUAUGUAUGUAAUGUAUAUUUUUUUUGUAAUUAUGGUUGUAUAUAAUUGAAACUUAUGUAAUCUACUUCCACGGUAGCACCUAUUUGCCAUUUUAAAGUUAUUACAUUCUUAAAGUAAUAUUGUAAGUUUCGUCAGUAUUUUUUUCAAAUUUAUGUAUAUAUUUGGCUGUGAGAUUUUAUGCAUUUGUGCCAUUGGCUGCAUAGGUGCUAUAUAUAGUUAUAAAUUUUGAUAAAAGUGAAUAUGUGAUAUGUUUCAUAGUCCAGUGUAAUUAUCUAGUUAUACAAGCGAAAAAUUACUUUUAUUUAGAGUAAUAAUACUGGUAUCAAGACAAAACAACGUGUCGUGUUGUGGAAAUACAAUUCAGAAUCUUUUACGUACAUUAUUAUUUAUUGUUUUACUAUGAAUUAAACGGCCGUGCAUCAAAUGCAACCAACAGUUCGAAUUAUAUUGAAUCAUUUAUAAAAUGAGCAGAUUCCCACGAUUGAUAUUUGUAUACUUCACUGUAUAUCUAACAUCACCCGACAGGCUUCAAAUUUUAAUUGAAAUUUCUCUAUUUUAUGUAAGAUUUUUGUAUAUUUACGAAUGUAUUUUGUAUAUAUUUUUUUAUGAA